GACGGUGUCUGUACGGGUGGUGUGCGCUGGAGCCCGGACGGUGUCUGUACGGGUGGUGUGCGCUGGAGCCCGGACGGUGUUUGUAGUCUGCAGUGUAACGGGACGUCUCCGGCGCAGCGUGACGUCAUCGACUGCAGACCGGUCCGUGUGUCCGUCCGCCGGUCGGUGACGUCACCGCUCACCGUGACGUCACACCGGGACGUCCGCGGCCGGGAGGUGACUGAGCCGUGACAUUUCACGUUAAAUUUCCGUGCAAAGAACGCACCCUGAGAAAAAGCGGCGGCCGCCAGGGAAUCCGACCGCCGCCGCUGCACGUCAUUUCCGCGGGCGGUGUGCGUGCGAAUAAAGCUGCCGGCCGGCGGCCCUAGGGGUCAAUAGGUGCCGAACCGCGACUGGAGAGGCGCUUCGAGGGUGAGCUGUUCAGCACCACUAAUCAGUGAUCGAGGAGCGAGUCAGACGAGUGAUCUCAGAUCCAGCAGCCAGUGAGAGAUUGAGAAGUGCAUCGGCUUGUGAUUGACAGCAGCAAUCAGCGAAAGGUUUCAUCAUGGUGGCCAGUGACCAGGUGGUGCCGCUCAGUAUCGAGAUGGCCGCCUACGACAACCCGGCGCUGCAGCCGGACGGCGCCGCCAACGGACUCGCCACAGUCGAUCUGGGAGGGCCUGCGGACGAGUUCCAGAGUGACCCGGCCAAGCUGCGCUACCUGGCGGACCCGGAGGCCGGCCGAGUGCCCCCGGAGGCCGGCCGAGUGCCGCCGGACGGCCAGGACGCUGUCCCGGAGCACGACGAGCCGGCCGCGGACGGCUGCCUGACGCGCGCCGUGGUGAGCUCGCGCGCCGCGCUGGUCGGCCUCUACCGACGGCACACGCGCUCCUUCUGGAUCGCCGUCAAGACGCUGCUGUUCCUGGCCUACAACGCCUACUUGAUCGGCGCCAUCGUGAACACCGUACAGCGCGGCGAACCCAUCGACUACUGCGACGGCGUGGGCUUCCUCAUCAUCAUCACGGUGCUGGCGUACGCCGGCGCGCUCUACUACUACGCCCUGAAGCCGUGCUGCGGCGAGGCGGUCCACACAGGCGUGCUGCAGCCGGCCAGCACGAUGGGCGCCGCACUGUGGUCCCACAGGGCUGUCCGGUACCUCAGCGCUCUGCUGGUCGCAGGCGGCAUCCUCGUCUACCUGAUACUGGACACGGUGGGCGAGCGGGCGCGCCUGGUCUCGGCGCUGGGCGCCGUGGUGUUCGUACUGCUCUGCUGGCUCUGCUCCCACCAUCCCGGCAAGGUCGUCUGGCGACACGUUCUGUGGGGUCUGGGCCUGCAGCUGUGCUUCGGCCUGCUCAUCCUCCGCUGGGAGGUCGGCCAGCAGGUGUUCCAGUGCAUCGGCGACAAGGUCAACACCUUCCUCUCCUACACCGACGAGGGCAGCAAGUUCGUCUUCGGCUUUCUAGUCGACAAUCCCGACCCCGACAUCUACGUCUUCGCCUUCCAGGUGCUGCCGGUGAUAGUGUUCUUCAGCUUCGCCAUCCAGAUUUUGUACUACUACGGCAUCAUGCAGCGGGUGAUCGUGCAGAUCGGCUGGCUGCUGCAGGUCACUGUCGGCACCACCGCCUGCGAGUCGCUCAACGCCGCCGCCAACAUCUUCAUCGGCCAGUCGGAGGCACCGCUGCUCAUCAAGCCGUUCAUCUCCAAGCUGACCAUGUCCGAGCUGCACGCUAUCAUGACGGGCGGCUUCGCCACCAUCGCCGGCUCGGUGCUGGCCGCCUACAUCUCGUUCGGCGUGUCACCGUCGCACCUGCUCUCGGCCAGCGUCAUGUCGGCGCCGGCCGCGCUCGCCGUCUCAAAGCUCGUCUACCCGGAGACUCGCCGCUCGCGCACCACCGUCGACGACAUCAACGUGGAGAAGGGGGACGAGGUGAACGCCCUGGACGCCGCCUCCCGCGGCGCCAUGUCCGUGGUGAAAAUCUGCGGCUACAUCGCAGCCUCGCUGAUCGCCUUCAUCGCCUUCAUCGCGUUCGUGAACGGCGUGCUGGGCUGGCUGGGCGAGCUGGUCAGUUUCGAGGAGGCGGCCGGAGCGGCCCUCUCGUUCGAGUACAUCGCCUCCAAGGUGUUCAAGCCGGUGGCCUGGCUGAUGGGCGCCCCCUGGGAGGACUGCGACCAGCUCGGGGAGCUGAUCGCGUUGAAGACGAUCCUGAACGAGUUCGUGGCCUACUCGCGCCUCAAGGAGAUGGUGGACGCCGGCGAGCUGUCGGCGCGCGGCACCGUCAUCGCCACGUACGCGCUCUGCGGCUUCUCCAACCUGGGCGCCAUGGGCAUCCAGAUCAGCGGCAUCUCGGCGCUGGCGCCCGAGCGGCGCUCCGACCUGGCGCGGCUGGCCUUCAGCGCCAUGCUGGCCGGAAAUGUGGCCUGCUUCCUCACCGCCUGCAUCGCCGGCGCCCUGGUCAGCGAUCCGAGCGCGGUCGGCGCCGCGCUGGCCGGCUCGGCCGCCACCGCGCUGGCCGAAAACGCCACCGCGCUGGCCGAGAACGCCACCGCGCUGGCCGCGAACGCCACCGCGCUGGCCGCGAACGCCACCGCGCUGGCCGAGUCGGUCGUCACGCUGGCGACCACAGCGGCGCCGCUGACGUAGCCCGGCGGCUGAGAGCUGACUCACGGAGCGCUGACGCCGAUUGCUCAGGACGCCCGCUGUCGGAACUAGUUAUGAAGAGAGCUGCUUUUCCCGGGCAGCUAUUCACAGUGCUUUAUCGCGCGGGUUUCGUCCAACAGCCGUGGUUGUGAAAUGGAAAAGCCGGUCGCCAAUUUUACGUUAUGACGUGUCAGGUAUUCCAGUCCAUUAUAUACAUGCGUGAGUGAGGAAUGUAUAAUGUGCUAUAUCACGAUAGCUGAGAAAGUGCCAGCCAUCAUUUUUACAUCCAAGUGUCCGUAAUAUGUCAAGUGUCUGUAAUAAUAAUGAAAGCAGCAUAUCGGAAAAGGUUUGAAUGGAAAUUUAGCUAACAGUUUGAUCACCGCUCGCUAAUCGUGCCAUGUCCGUCCACCCGAAUCAAAAUGCUAGAUUUUAGCAGGGACUCAGCUAAGAGUUUAAUGACCAUAUCAUUUUAGCUUUAUUCAUAUUCAUAGGCUUCCCCGUAGCCAGAAUACACAAGUCACAGAACUGA